AAUCCCUUCAAUCCCCCGUUUUACUUACUCUUUUGUGGGUGUUGUGGAGUAGCCAUGGCUGGGUCGUUGCUCGCUGCUGAGAUCCUCCCGGACUACGCGCUCCUCCUGGCCUGCGCCUGCACUUGGACUCUCGGGCUUCGCCGAUCCAGAAUUGGUUCAGAAUCGCGAAUGCUCGAGUUUUGCGUCUCAGAGACGACGACGACGACGACGACGACGACGACGGAGCGUGGUGGAGGACCAGGAGUUUGAUAGUCGGUCAAUAUUUGGUUUCAGAUCUUCCCCGCUGGUACUUGAAGAGUCGCUGCUGUUGAUAUCACGUUUUGACGUGUUGCAAACUGGGGCAGGUGCUGAGGAAUAUCCCUGUUUGUUUCGAAGGACGGGUUGGGGACUCCCUCAGAGAAUCCACUCGUGGUGUUCGUUUGUGGGGUAAUCGGACAGGGUUUAGAAACGAAGAGUUGGUGAAUUUGGCGGAGAAUAAGGAAGAGAGGCGCACUAGGUGGAUGGCAUAAAGAGACCCUAACUUUGAGUUGCAAGGGAAAAGAGCUCAGCUUGCAAUUUGAGCGUUUUUUUUUUUUUUUUUUUUUUUUUUUGGAUGCGCGUUUGGUAAUUAGAGGAGAAGGUGAGCUGUGUUACUGAGGAGGUCUGAAGAAGAAUACGAGUUCUGUAGUUGAAUUGUUAAGGAUUUUGGAGAAUUUGAGCUGAUUUUAGGAGUUGUUGGGUUAGUUGAGUAAAAAUGGUGAAGGAAACAGAGUAUUACGAGGUUUUGGGGGUGCAGCCAGAAGCAACAGCUUCAGACAUCAAGAAGGCGUAUUACAUGAAGGCAAGGGCGGUUCAUCCAGAUAAGAACCCCAAUGAUCCUGAAGCGGCGCAUAAUUUUCAGGUUUUAGGAGAAGCCUAUCAAAUACUAAGCGAUCCGCAAAAACGAGAGACGUAUGAUAAGUUCGGGAAGCCGACGGUUUCGCAGGAUGCAAUGAUGGAUCCAGCUGCAGUGUUUGGAAUGCUGUUUGGGAGUGAUGCUUUUCAAGACUAUGUGGGCCAGCUUGCAAUGGCGUCAAUGGCAUCAAUGGAUACUGACGUUAACGGUCAACCAGUGGAUAUGAGAGAAGCUCAAGCAAAAUUCAAGGAAGCACAAAGAGAAAGGGAGGCUCAACUAGCGGUUCUUUUACUUGAGCGUAUUGAUCGGUACGUGAAAGGUGACAAGCAAGGAUUUACUACUUGGGCUCAAGAAGAGGGUCUUCAACUUGUAGAAGCUGUUUUUGGGGAGGAAAUGCUUCACACCAUUGGAUAUAUUUAUGCAAGACAAGCCGCAAAAGAGAUGGGCAAGAACUUAUUUUUCCUGGGGGUUCCAUUCUUAACAGAAUGGGUGCGUGACAAAGGUCACUUCAUCAAGUCUCAAGUUACCGCCGCUGCUGGUGCAAUACAACUGAUGCAAAUGCAAGAUGAUCUAAAGAAAGCAAUGGAGGCUUCUGACCGCAACGGGGACGAAGCUGUUGAAAGUUACUUGGAGGCGAAGCAAAAAGUGAUGCUGGACUCAUUGUGGAAGCUCAACGUUGCUGAUAUAGAGCUUACUUUGUCCCAUGUUUGCCAAGCGGUUCUUCGACAAUCUGGUGUCAAGAAAGAUGUGCUGAGGCAGAGGGCGAAAGCGCUCAAGAAAAUGGGCGCCAUAUUUCAGGGGACCCAGAGAGACCAUGAAUUGCAUCGAAAAGACGGGAAUCUUUCGGACCCCGUCGACCUUCCUAAAGUUGAAUCAGCACCGAAAUCCUUCAGACAGGCUAAAAGUGCCAGCUUCAACCAGGACAAGUCAAGGCUCUUGCCUAGGAAAAAGGGGUAUUCGGGAAAAGGGUGCAUGUGUUACACAUGACGGCCUCAUUCUUCGCUGGAUGCUAUUUCUGAUUAGAUUUUCCCGGUGGAUGUCCAGGCUUCAGGAUCUGGUUGAUACUGAUAAAAAUAAAACAUUCCUGGAUGAAUGCUCCGCCUUGGUGAAUUCUCAUCUUCUUUUCUCCCGUUUGUCAACGAAGACAGAUGCUGCAAUCUAGAUAUACAUGCUGGGGCCGUGAUUAGGGAGGUCUGAAACCCAUUCAUCUUUUCUCUUAGCGUGUACUCUCAUAAAUGUUCCCCCUCCGUCGCCUGCGGCAUCUUGACGAACUGAAAAGUGUCAGAAAGCCUGGAGCAGUUGCUUAGAACUUUUAAAGCUCUCUAGAAGCACUUCUUGAUUGAAGUCACAUGUGAACAUCGUUCAGGCCUGCAAUGAGAAGUUGAAGGUCCCAAAGGUACAGCUUUUGUAGAUGAUUAGAUCUUAUUUUUGCGUCGUGAGUACUUGUUUGCAGAGGUCAUUCUUUAUAGUUUUCAUUCUUAUCAAAUAUUUGUAAUUUGAUUGUAUAAGUAUUCCUUAAAAAAUAGUGUAGAUUAAAUUCCGCUCACCUUCUGUUAUCCUUUUAUUGGUUUGAGAUAGUAAACGUGCCUAUUGUAUUGGUUAUGAAGGAUAAAGAUAUUUAAAUGUUCGCAUUUUUUUA